AUGAUGAUCAACGGGGUCGCCGUCUACAGUUCUUACGCCGAUGAUCGGGCAGCCACAACGUACGGGGCCGCUGCGGCCAAGCUGCAUGGCGACACCACUGACCUGUGCGGGGGAAGCACGACCGCAGACGGGGUGUACCACUACCACAAUGCCCCAGGGUGUCUCCAGGAGCAGGCCAUGAAAGCGCAGAACUUGACGGCGGACGACCACUCUCCGCUCCUGGGCUGGGCCUAUGAUGGGUUUCCCAUUUACGGGCAGCUAGGGCCCAGUGGAGUGGAGAUGCUGACGUGUGGAUCCGGCCCAGAGUAUUUCCCGUUCACCAUCAACUGCUACCGUGGGUGUUGCGAAGAAACGACGCGGUGUCACAGCACGGUGCAGAACUGCAUCGAGGAACUCGGUGCUGUGAUUGGAUACACAGACGACUUCACCGCCGGUCAAAGUUACGAAUCAUUAUAUCUAGACACACCGUACAUGGACAGCGAUCUUAUUGAAGGCGACGACGUGGACCAAGUCGCCACCCAGGACGAAAUGGAUUGUUCCUUCUACAUGGGGUCCGCGGAGCCCAACCCACCACCAGCCCCGACGCCUGCCCCGCUAGGGGUGGUAGACGACGACGACUUCAAUGGGGCGGGUGGCAGGAGGGCCUACGGACCAAUGGCAAGGUCCAUGUAUCUGCUGGUUUCAUCCGUCACGGUGGCGGUUGCCGUAGUCACUGAUGCUUUGGGGUAG